AUGGACGCCGUCCUCCGCCAGUCCAAGGCCAUGUGCCCGUUCCUCAAACAGGCCUCGCCCGCCACUCUCCGCGCCCUCUCGACCUCGACCCGUGCCCCGGCCGCCGCCCAGCUCGAGCAGCAGGCCACCUCGCCCUGCGGCGGCACCUUCUCCCGCCUCCAGCUGCUCGGCCAGCGCUGCCCCGUCAUGGGCAAGGCCCUUGCCAUCCAGUCCUCCCGCCUCGGUAAGGCUGGCAUGGCCGCUUCGGCCACCGUCGCCGGCCUCCGCCACUUCUCGGCCCUCUACAAGAGUGGCAAGGCAGGCAUUCACACGAGCCGUGCCCACGAGGCCCGCCCCGUCGAGACGCCCAUCUUUGCCCCCCGUGACAGUGCCCAAUUCGCGCCCAAGGCUCCUGCCGCGGCCCGCCACGCCGCCUCUCCCGUCCACCAGCAGCCGCACAAUGGCAGCAGCUCCGCCAAGUUCGACUACGAGUCCUUCUACCAGGCCGAGCUCGACAAGAAGCACCAGGACAAGUCGUACCGGUACUUCAACAACAUCAACCGCCUCGCCAAGGAGUUCCCGCAGGCGCACGGCAGCAGCAAGGAGGAGCGCGUGACGGUGUGGUGCUCCAACGACUACCUGGGCAUGGGCCGCAACAAGCAGGUGCUGACGGCGAUGCACGAGACGCUCGACGAGUACGGUUCCGGCGCGGGCGGCACGCGCAACAUCUCGGGCCACAACAAGCACGCCGUCGAGCUCGAGGCCACCCUGGCCAAGCUCCACGCCAAAGAGGCCGCGCUCGUCUUCAGCUCGUGCUACGUCGCCAACGACGCCACCCUGGCGACCCUUGGCAGCAAGCUGCCGGACUGCGUCAUCCUGUCCGACAGCCUGAACCACGCGUCCAUGAUCCAGGGCAUCCGGCACUCGGGCACCAAGAAAAUUGUCUUCAAGCACAACGACCUCGCGGACCUCGAGGCCAAGCUCGCGGCCCUGCCGAUCCACGUGCCCAAGAUCAUCGCCUUCGAGUCCGUCUACAGCAUGUGCGGCUCGAUCGGCCCCAUUGCCGAGAUCUGCGACCUCGCCGACAAGUACGGCGCCCUCACCUUCCUCGACGAGGUGCACGCGGUGGGCAUGUACGGCCCCAAGGGCGCCGGCGUGGCUGAGCACCUCGACUUCGCGGCGCACCAGGCCGGCAAGCCGGCCGGCACCGUCAUGGACCGCAUCGACAUCAUCACGGCCACCCUCGGCAAGGCCUACGGCUGCGUGGGCGGCUACAUUGCCGGCAGCGCCAAGUUUGUCGACAUGAUCCGCUCCCUGGCGCCCGGGUUCAUCUUCACCACGUCGCUCCCGCCGGCCACCAUGGCCGGCGCCCGCGCGGCGAUCGAGUACCAGAUGUCGUACAACGGCGACCGGCGCCUGCAGCAGCUGCACACGCGCGCGGUCAAGGAGAGCCUCGACGCGCGCGACAUCCCCGUGAUCCCGAACCCGUCGCACAUCAUCCCGAUCCUCGUCGGCAACGCCGAGCUCGCCAAGCAGGCGUCCGACAUGCUCCUCAGCGACUACCAGAUCUACGUGCAGAGCAUCAACUACCCGACCGUCCCCGUCGGCCAGGAGCGCCUGCGCAUCACCCCGACCCCGGGCCACACCAAGCAGUACCGCGACCAGCUCGUCCAGGCCGUCGACGAGAUCUGGACCAAGCUCGGCAUCAAGCGCACCUCGGACUGGGCCGCUGAGGGCGGCUUCAUCGGCGUCGGCCAAGAAAGCGCCGUCCCCGACGAGCCCCUCUGGACCAACGAGCAGCUCGGCAUUGACUCGCGCGUCCUCCGCGAGAUCAAGGCGGCCAAGCCGGCCAACGGUUUCCUCAUGGAGACCCUGCUCGAGCGCGAGGCCGGCGAGGCGAGCGCUGUGAGCGCCUCUGCUUAA